CCAAUUAAGGGACUUCAUAAACAUGUGCGCCAACCCGUCACUUUUGCUGAGCAGUCCAAUAUAGAACGGCACUAUGGAGAAUGAAGAACCUCUGGAAAUGUCUUCCCUCUCUAAGAGCAUAGCCGAUAUUUUUGCUGAAGAAUCUGAAAGCGACCAAACAUUUUAUGGCUUUUCAGACAGUGAAAUUGGUGAACUUUGGGAUCUCAAGAGCUCUGACGGUGAGGAUGCAGACUGCAAGAGGUUCACUCCCAAGAAACCCUCUGGUCAGCGUUUCACCCUGAGAGUUGCCUUACGCCCACGUGCAGCCCCUCUUUCCCAUCAUGAUGUGGAGGAUAAGGAGGAGGAGGAGGAGGAGGAGGAGGAGGAGGAAGAGGAGGAGGAGGAAGACAUGGAGGCAGAGAAAAGGGGAAGGCGUGGGGUCAAGCCCAUGAAAAACCAAAAAAAGAGCGUCAAAUUCGAGGUGGAGGAGAAGCCUGUAGUCCAGCAGUCGAAGUCUCCCCAUUCAUCUGAUUCAGAGUCUGAGGCCUCUUUCCUGGAGAAAAGGGAUAUUAACAUCAAAGCAAACAAAGCCAUGUUGGCCCAACUGAUGGCAGAUUUGCAAAAGAUGCCUGGACAGCUUCUGAAUGCUAAACAAAGCCGCAAGAAGGAACCCCAUUCUCGUGCUCCUCGCUCCGCCACGGCUGGGGCGGAAUCGCAGCGGCGGAACCCAGAGCGCACCUCCCGCAGGCAGACUCGCUCUAUGGGCGGAGGCGCGGAUCAGUCUGAUGCUCAAGAGCACCUGGAGCUGAGUCUGGAGGAGGAACUAAUCAAGGUGCGGAGUGCCCCACGCCCUCGAGCUGCCCCACGACCCAACCAGGGCAAACCUCGUGACAUUCGUCCCGUGGAGGAGAUUACUGAAGACGAGAUUGAGCUUGUGGCGACCACCAUGACCGAGAAGAUCUAUAAUCGUGUCACAGGUAGCACGUGUCACCAGUGCCGACAGAAGACGUUGGACACAAAGACGUAUUGUCGCGGUGAGGACUGCCGUGGAAUCAUGGGGCAGUUCUGUGGCCCAUGUCUUCGUAACCGCUAUGGAGAGGACGUUCGUGCUGCUCUGAUUGAUCCGGAAUGGAAGUGUCCACCGUGUCGUGGCAUAUGUAACUGCAGCUUCUGCCGUCUGCGAGAUGGGCGCUGCCCGACAGGCAUUUUGUUACCAUUGGCACAGUACCAUGGCUUCUCCGAUGUUCACUCCUAUCUCACCAGCCUUCGCAACAAAAUAAAAGCUGGGGUCGAUGAGGAGGAUGUGUAGGGAGUGAACCUGCCAUUGAGCACCAGAGGGUGCCCUUUUUCGCUACACAUUUUUCAGUGGGGAACUGCUCCACAAGUAAUCAUAAACCAAUUUUAGUCACCUAUGUUCUUGUUGGCAGAAGAUAGUUCAACGUUUUUAAGCAGCAAUGGCGUUUCUCACACACACACACACACACACACACACAC